UUUUUUUUUUUUUUUUUUUUUUUGUGCUGAGGCGGAUGUACCGACACGAAUCCGGGCGCCCGGUGCUUUCUGUACAAGCCUCUGGUUGCGGCAGCAGGGAAGCGUGAGCUGGGAGUAGACUGAAAACAGAAAGCAUGGAGAGAGAGAUCACAGAUCUUCGAAGCAAACUCAAAGAGUGUGAACAGGAGCGACUGAAAGCUGCACAGUAUGGCUUACAGCUCUUGGAGAGGCAAACUGAAUUGCAGAAUCAAUUGGAUAAAUGUCAUGAAGAAAUGAUGACUGUUACUGAGAGUUAUAACCAGGAGAAGUACGCCCUUCAAAGAGAAGUUGAGCUCAAGAAUCGGAUGUUAGAAAGUUUGAGCUGUGAAUGUGAAGCUGUGAAACAACAACAGAAAACGCAGCUGGAGCAGCUAGAAAUGCAGCUAAACAGAAGCCACAGGCAGGAAGUGAAUGACCUGAAAAAUAAGUUAGAGAAACUGAAAGUGGAAUUAGAUGAAGCCAGGUUAAGUGAGAAGCAGCUGAAGCAGAAGCUGGACCACCAGGAGGAAGUUCUCGCCCACAAAUCGGAAGAGCUCCAGCUAAUGUCUGAGCAGCGCAUGCUCAAUAGCAUGUCUUCGGAGGUGCUGGCUCUUCAGAUUGAGCUAACUGAGAUGGAAGGUGUGAAGACUGCUCUCCAAGAAGAAGUGAACGAGCUGCAGUACAAACAAGAACAACUAGAAUGUGCCAAUGCUUCCUUAAUGCACCGGGUAGACCGGCUUCAAGAAGAAAAGGAGGAACGAGAGAAGGAAGUGGUGUCGUAUUAUAAUGCCUUGGAGAAAGCUCGCGUAGAAAAUCAAGAUCUUCAGGUGCAGUUGAGUCACGCACUUCAGCAAGCCUUGGAUCCCAAUAGUAAAGGCAACUCCCUGUUUGCAGAGGUGGAUGAUCGAAGGGUGGCUAUGGAGCGCCAGCUCAACUCAAUGAAAGUCAAAUACCAGUCACUGAAGAAGCACAAUGCAUUCACCAGAGAGCAGAUGAACAAAAUGAAGUUGCAAAUCUCCACAUUGCUGAGGAUGCGGGGGUCUCAAACUGAGUUGGAGCAGCAGGAACGGUUGUUUGCCAUGUUGGAACAGAAGAAUGGUGAAAUAAAACACCUUUUAGGUGAAAUUAAAAAUCUGGAGAAAUUUAAGACCUUAUAUGAAAGUAUGGAAUCUAAGCCUUCCACAUCAGCCAGCUCUUGUUCUCUAGAAGACAGCACCUACUAUGCAGAUUUACUUCAACUAAAGCUUGAUAAGUUAAACAAAGAAAACGAAAGCACAAAAGGCGAGCUAUCCAUACAGAGAAUGAAGGCGCUGUUUGAGAGCCAGCGGGCCCUGGAUAUUGAGCGGAAACUGUUUGCGAAUGAAAGACACCUGCAGCUUUCAGAAAGUGAAAACAUAAAACUGAGAGCCAAGUUAGAUGAAUUAAAGCUGAAGUAUGAACCUGAAGAGAAAAUUGAAGUGCCUGUGCUCAAAAAGAGGCGUGAGGUGCUGCCAUUGGAUAUAACUGCCCCAGAAGAGACACCUGCUGCCAGUGCCAUCGGGGAAGUUUCUAGACUGCCGCUUCAGAGAGAGGAGAAAGAGUCCUGCCUCAGUAGCUUAAGUGGUAGCACUGUGCAGACAGGACCGCCGGCCUCUUCGGCCAUUCAGCUAGCUAGCCUCUCUCCUCACAAGAGUCCGCCUCUGGAGACGCAGCCAAAGACGGAGAAGAAAUGUGUAAAGCUCAUGGACGGUCCAGGCAGUGCUGAGGCCUUACGUGAACAGAGUGGGAACACCUCCAGCUCCCCCAGGUUAUCUGCGGAAUCAAAGCUUUCAACAGAGGUGAAAGAAAGGAAAGAAACUACAAGCAAAUUGGAAAAAGGAGCUUGUAAGAAAUCACACACCAUUAUGUAUGUGUCCUCAAAGUCAACCCCAGAGAUGCAGUGCCCACAGCAGUAGGAGGCUGUUGCUCUGUGAGGCUGGCUGAAGAUCGCGCCUGUGCGCAGGAUACCCUUGUGGGACAUUUGCAUACACCAGUGCUAAGACAGACCUCUGUGACCAAAAACUCAGCUAUCCUGUGAUUCCUUCACAGACCUGUGAGUCACAGUGAACAAAACAUUACCUGAGGAAAUGCUUUUAUUUAAACCUGUUUGCUGCAUUGGAUCAGAUUUUGAAAGUUAUGUGAUAAAUAAUGUUCCUU